AUGCCACCAAACGCAAAGUUCAAUACGCUGGAGCGGGAGCGGAUUUUUAAGAACCCCUCGGACAAGUCCUUCCAGACACCUGCCUUGCAGGAGAUGGUCGCGCCCCAUAUCGAGGCCUUCAAUGCCCUCACAGAGUUUGGCUACGGCUCCAAGACAGGAUUGCUUGAUCUUGCUAUUCAGGAUAUCGGACAGAAAGCUGUCUUUGACACACACGGUGGUGGACUGGGCAACAAGCUGACCUUCUGGGUGGAUGAGAUCUCCUUGAACAAGCCCACUUUGCCGGACAAGGAGCGCAAUUCGACCACCCGCCAGAUCUAUCCCACAGAGGCCAGAGAGAGACUCAACACAUAUCGCGGAAAGCUGCAGGCAAAGCUUGCAUGGCGCGUCAAUGACGGUCCUGUCGUUGUGGAGGCCCGUGAUCUGGGAUUGGUCCCCAUUAUGAUCCGUUCCAACCGCUGUAACUUGGAGGGUGCAUAUCCAAAAGAGCUCAUCAGACAUCACGAGGAGUCAGAGGAAUUCGGUGGGUAUUUCCUAGUAAACGGCAUUGAAAAGUUGGUCCGUUUGCUCAUUGUCCCUCGGCGCAACCAUGUUAUCGCCCUGAUCCGUUCAAGUUUCACGAACCGUGGUCCCACAUAUUCCAGCUAUGGUACAGCCAUUCGCUGUACAAGACCCGAUCAGACGUCUCAAACCAACACUGUCCACUACUUGACCGACGGAGGCAGCAUGCUGCGGUUUGCUUGGAGGAAGCAGGAGUACUUGGUCCCCACGAUGUUGGUCUUGAAGGCGCUUAUCGAUACUUCGGAUAAGGAAAUUUUUGACAGCAUCAUGUUGGGCGAUCUGGAGAACACCUUCUUGACCGAUCGCGUCGAGCUCAUGCUCCGCAGCUUCAAGGCGUAUGCUCUUCACACACGCGAACAGUGCUUGGCUUACUUGGGAGACAAGUUUAGGGUAGUCAUGAACUUUCCUGAGGAUUAUACGGAUGUGGAGGUCGGUGAGGGACUCUUGCGCAAGAUCGUCCUGGUCCACUUGAAGAGCAACCGCGACAAGUUUAACCUCCUGAUUUUCAUGAUCCGCAAAGUAUAUGCCCUGGUUGCUGGCGAGUGCUCCCCCGACAACCCAGAUUCCCCUCAGCACCAGGAAGUGCUUUUGGGUGGGCACUUGUACGGUUCCAUCAUCAAGGAGAAGAUCGAGGACUGGCUGAACGGUAUUAGAGCUCAGAUCAACCAGGAUGUGCGUCGCAAGACCGCUGGAGUUGACUUUUUAGACAACCGCUAUUUCACAAAGACACUUCAGAAGACGUCAGGACUUCAGGACAUUGGCCAAAAAAUGUCCUACUUCUUGGCAACAGGAAACCUGGUCUCAAAUACUGGUUUGGAUUUACAGCAGGCUACCGGUUAUACCAUCGUCGCGGAAAAGCUGAACUUUUACCGUUUCAUCGCCCAUUUCCGCUGUAUCCAUCGUGGCUCCUUCUUCGCUGAACUGAAGACGACAACUGUACGCAAAUUGCUUCCAGAGGCCUGGGGAUUUCUCUGUCCUGUCCACACCCCAGAUGGUUCGCCAUGUGGUCUUUUGAACCACUUGUCGCAUACUUGCAAGGUCAUCACCCAGCCCGCUGAUGUUUCUCGCCUACCCGCGAUCUUGGCAUCUUUGGGCGUGACUCAGACCCUGGUCCCCGCCCGCGGUCAAAAGACGGUCGUCGUCCAGUUGGAUGGUCGCAUUGUCGGAUAUUGUUCAUCGGAGGAGGCCAAGAAGGUUGCGGACGCUCUUCGCCAUUACAAAGUCUCGGGAGCAUACAGCGGCGCCGUCCCCCUUGAUCUGGAAUUGGGCUAUGUCCCCAUCUCCCAAGGAGGCCAAUACCCUGGUCUGUACAUUUUUUCGACACCAGCGCGCAUGAUGCGCCCUGUCCGUUACCUCCCCAACGGCAAGACGGAUAUGGUUGGAUCGUUCGAGCAGGUUUACAUGGAAAUUGCCUGUAUGGAUGACGAGAUUCGCCCCGGCGAGAGCACCCAUCAGGAACUCGCGCCAACUAGCAUGCUUAGCAUUCUCGCCAACUUGACGCCUUUCUCUGACUUUAACCAGUCUCCCCGUAACAUGUACCAGUGUCAGAUGGGUAAACAGGCUAUGGGAACCCCUGCCACCGCUAUUAAGUACCGUACCGAUAACAAAAUGUACCGCCUCCAAACCGGACAAACACCCAUUGUCCGUCCUGCUCUCCAUGACACCUAUGGCAUUGAUGGAUUCCCUAACGGCAUGAACGCUGUGGUUGCCGUCAUCUCUUACACCGGUUACGAUAUGGAGGAUGCUAUGAUCUUGAACAAGUCGUCGCACGAACGUGGAUUCGGUUACGGUACCAUCUACAAGUCUGAGAUUGUAGAUUUGAGCGAUUUCAGGAUCCGUGGCGAGCCUGUCCUUCAUCACUUUGGUCUUGGAUUGGAUGCUCCUCGCUCAUGGAGAGAGAAGCUGGAUAAGGAUGGUCUGCCAUGCAUCGGUGUGACCCUGAAGGAGGGCGACCCAAUCUGUGCCUACAUUGACGACACCACAGGCAAGACCUCGAUCAAGAAGUACAAGGGCAUGGAGGAGGGUAUCGUAGAUGAGGUCCGUCUCCUUGGCUCGGAUCUCGGUGACACAGAGCUCCAGAAGAUACAUAUCAAGCUCCGUAUCACACGCUCUCCCAUUAUUGGAGACAAGUUCUCGUCUCGCCACGGUCAGAAGGGUGUGUGCUCACAAAAGUGGCCGUCCAUUGACAUGCCGUUCUCAGAGUCUGGCAUUCAGCCCGAUGUCAUUAUCAAUCCCCACGCUUUCCCCUCACGUAUGACAAUCGGAAUGUUCGUGGAGAGCUUGGCUGGAAAGAGCGGAGCACUUCAUGGUAUUGCUCAGGAUGCAACACCUUUUACAUAUAACGAGACGUUCACGGCGGCUGACUACUUUGGAGAGCAGCUCAAGUCAGCCGGCUACAACUACCACGGAAACGAGCCUAUGUACAGCGGAAUCACUGGAGAGGAAUUCAAGGUCGAUAUUUACCUCGGAGUCGUAUACUACCAGCGUCUGCGUCACAUGGUGUCUGACAAGUAUCAGGUGCGCACGACAGGACCUGUGCACAACUUGACGAUGCAGCCUGUUAAGGGACGUAAGCGCGCUGGAGGUAUCCGUUUCGGAGAGAUGGAGCGCGACUCGCUGUUGGCUCACGGAGUAUCAUACCUAUUGCAGGAUCGUCUGAUGAAUUGCUCAGAUUACUCACUGUGCAACGUGUGUACGAAGUGUGGUAGCAUCACCUCGCCGAUCUCGACGCACUCGUCUAGCUCGUUGUCGAACGUGCGCGAAAUCGAGUGCAGGGUCUGUCAAACGUCGGCGGGCAUUGACAUGAUUGCACUUCCAUAUGUGUUCAGGUACCUUGCCACAGAGCUGAUGAGCAUGGGUAUCAAGGUCACACUGAAGACACAACCUUAG